AUGGCCGAAAUACCCCACAAGAAAGCCCUCUCGGGCAAAUUGAUGACCAUGAAGUUCAUGCAGAGACAACAGGAGAGAGAGACCAGGGAGAAACUAGAGCAGGAGCAAGUGCGGGUGAUUUCAGAGGCACACUGGGUUAUUGACCAAAAGGCCUUUGAUCUGCCCAAGCCUAAAUUCCAAGUCGAGUAUGAACCUAGCUUCUUGCAAAUGGAUGCAGCGGAGCGGUCAAGCGUCGGAAGGGUUUCAUUUCAAAAGUUCAACCAGAAUGUCGAGAAAACCGCACAGAAAGCAACAGGAGAGCAGCAAUUGGAACGCGAAUUGAAGAGAGAACGUCAGGCCGAGAUUGGCGACGAUGAGAUGGCAGAGGAACUGGGCCGCGGUCAAAAACCGAAGAAGGCAAAGUCUUCAUCGUCUUCCCCAAUGCCAUCAGGUAAUAGGAUCAGCGCACCAAAGGAGCAUAAGACAAACAGGAGGGCACCACCACCAAAGAAAUCCAGUCAGCCAGGGACACCCAAUGGUCAACAACAAAGGACGUUUAUGAAGCCCAAGGAAUGA